CGUGACCUCAGCUGGGAGUGGAACCUGAGAAGGGGGAACGGGUGAGAGUGGCUGGACCUGAGUUCAGUGGACCGUGAGAUACUGUCCAGGCUCUUCUUUUGGCCCGACCAGGUGAAAAGACAUGUCACAGGUGGGAGAUGCAGAGGGUUCCAGCACAGAGGACCCUGUUCCUCGACGGAGAUAUGGGUUUUUCCAGAGGGACAUAGCAGAAUCCAUCCCCAUGCCAGACCUGAAAACAGAGGCCCAGAUUUGGGUUCGGAGCAGGAAGAGGGUCCUCAGGGAGGGGUCCCAUCCAGGUGCCAGCUCCCAGGCUGGCGGUGCAUCUGAGGCAAGCCUGGAAGAUUUGGAGCUGCAGGCUGUGGAGCAGAGCCAGGAUUCCAUACCCAACCCUAGGCUUCCCGUGCAGCUGCCCACAGUGCUUGCUCAGGGGAGUGCUCAGGUAUCCAAGAGGCUCCAGGUUUCCCUGCAUGACAUCUUAGCUACCAGAUGCCUCAGGAAUCUUUGUAGCAUGCCACAAGAUCUCCUGAAGAGAGCACUGGUGGACAGGGAGAGGCUGACAGGAGCAAAAGGGGCCAGCAACUCCAGGCCCAGAGAGGUGGGAGAUGAAGGCGAUAGUUCUCCAGGUUGUGACGGAAGAAACCCCACGCUCAACAAAAAGGUGCCCCCUGGAAGGGACCUGCCAUCUUCACCAGAUCCUGUGAGGUCUCAGAAAAAAAGCAGGAAGUGUAGGGCCCUUUCCAAAGGUAGGAGGGGGACUGAGGGCUUCUUGUGGCUUGAUCAGAGCCCAGGUGGGGACAGCCAGUCUGUGGGAGGCUCCCGGCAAAGUACUGACCUGGAGUCCUUGGGAGAGCCCUGCAGGCCUUCUCCCAAGGACACUGGGCCUAGAGAUCCAGUUGGAAGUUGGGCUGGGCAUGCCUCAGGGGCUGAGGAAUUUGAGCACUUGCCUGCUGCAGGGAACAAGGCCCAGCCAGGCAGCCCUCGUGGCCCUGUGGGGUCCCCAGGGCCUUUUGGAGAAGAGUCCGUCAAGCCCACUGCACAGGACCUUCCACAGAACCCUGUGCUGUGCCUGGUAGUGCCAGAAGGGGCUUCCACAGAGCAACAGGAAGCGGAGCACCUGGUGGAGGCUGGCACUGAGAACCAGGAGGGGCUGGAGGUCAAGUCCCAACCAGCAUCCAGGGAGAGGCUGGGACCAGCACUCGCAGCGCCUGCCGACGACGCCCGUUCCAGCUCUCCGAAGAGCUUGGACAUCUUUAGCUCCUCCCUGGAGUCUGCCACCAGGAACGCCUGCACAGGCCCCCUUGUGGGGCAGAGAAGGCUAAGGAGAGGUCCAGCAUCCGGUGCCCAAGAGCAGAGCACAGAUAUGAGCUCAGACAACACCCGUCAGGAUGAGCCAGAGGAAGCCAGCCCAGGAGGCUGCCCCGGACUGGAGGAAGUAAAAAUACCCCAUGGAGUGAAGCUUGUGUAUUAUCUCAGUUCUGGGGCUGUGAUCCAGCUCUUGGGGUCCAUCAGCCACGGCCAGGAAGGGGGACGGCAGCCGCCGAAGCUGGUGGCUCUGGAGGACUUUACGGAGGCCAGCUCAGCCUUGCCGGCCCACAGGCCCAGGAAGAGAGAGAGGCCCAAAACCCGGGACCCCGCUGGGCACCAGGUUGUCCAGGCACCUGCUUUAGGAGGGACCGCGUGGGACUCUGGGGGCCUCUCUGACCCCUUCCUCCCUCCCAGAGGCUGUCCUGUGCCCCUCGAUGCCCUGCCCAAGGCUGACUGUUCAGGGGGUGGCCUGGCGGAGGCGGCAGCUGGGAAACCUCUUCAAGGAAGGGCGGAGGACUCAGGUGGACUUCAGCCCCGACAAGAGGCAGUCCCCCAGGAUCUCGGGGUCCGGGCCACUGUAGUGCAUGCCAUGCGGGAGGCACUGUGGAGUCGCCUACGGGAGUGUCCUGACCUGGUGCUGAGUGGGGAGGAGGUGGAGGGCAUCGCUGCCGACAUCGAGGCAGCCCUCUUUGACCUGACACAAGACACCAGCUGCCGCUACAAGUCCAAGUACCGCAGCCUGCUGUUCAACCUGCGGGACCCCAGGAACCUGGACCUGUUUCUCAAAGUGGUUCAUGGCGACGUCACCCCCGACAAACUGGUGCGGAUGAACUCAAUCCAGCUGGCCCCCCAGGAGCUGUCCCGCUGGCGGGACCAGGAGGAGAGACGGGGCCUGGAGAUCAUUGAGCAGCAACAGAAGGAGCCAUGUGGGCUUCCUGCUUCUAAGUUGACCCACAAGGGCGAGGUGGAGAUCCUGAGGGACGUGGACCAGACGCUGACUCUGGAGGACCUGGUGGGACCCUCGGUGUCCAGAGACCGCAGCCCCCUGGCCCUGCCUGCCCCACUGGAGGACGCCCCAGAGCAGCACCGGCACCACUUCCUGGACCCCAGCUGCCGCAUCUGCACGGGUGGCCUGGACUGGGAGACUUCCAGUGCGCUGCCAGGCUUCUCCAGAGCCACCAGCAACGGGGACGACAAGGUCUCCCAGAGAGCCCCAAGUCCCGCUCCUGUGUCCUCUCCAGAGAUGCCCCAAACCAGGGAGACACCUCUCACAGAGCCCCAGGACAGGCAACAGAUAUCUGCUGGGCCCACAAAGGCCUUGCCCACCCCUAUACCCUGGGAGGGUGCUCUUGACAUGUUCUCCAUCAAGCGGUUCCGAGUGAAGGCCCAGCUGGUCUCGGGACACAGCUGGCAGCUCAUCCAGGCGCUGCCCGAGGUGAUCCACUCAGCAGGCUGCAUCCUGCCCAACACUGUCUGGGACCUUCUGGCCAGUGUCUGCCCAGCUGAGGCCAAGGACAUCUGUGUGGUCAGACUGUGUCCCCAGGGGGCUCAGGACACCCAGAACUGCCGUCUGCUCUACUCCUACCUCAACAACAAGCAGCGCCAUGGCCUGGCAGCCGUGGAGCACAUGGGGGUGGUCCUGCUUCCGCUGCCUGCCUUUCAGCCCCUGCCCGCCAGACUGCGCCCUCUGGGGGGCCCAGGUCUGGAGGCUACUCACUCAAGUCUGUUGCUGGCUGUGCUGCUCCCCAAGAAAGGGCUUCCAGACCCAUCGAAGUCCAGCCUUGUGUGGGGGAAGAUUCACAAGAUGGUCUCCUUCAACAGGAAAGUAGAGAUGAGAUGCUACCAGCAAGAGGACAAGAAGCAAGAUGUGGCCCUGAAAGGCUCCCCUAACCCAGGGGGUUCCCUGCAGCAGAGCCAGGGCAAGGGUAGCCUACCUUCAAGGGAAGCCAAUGCUUGGCAGAGGCUCCCCAGAGGCAGGGGAAGAAUGCAGGCAGAGCCCGAAACCUGCCAUGGUCCUGGGAGAAGGCAGCGGCCCCCAGUGCCAGGCUGCUUCCAGCCCCAAUGUCCCUCUUCAGUCACACCAACUGUCUAUGACUUUGGCCAUGCACAGCACCGCCACAGUGCCUCCUGUCCCUACCAAGCCCUGCUCCAAUACCUUGAGUCCUUGGUUACCAUGAGUCACCAGCUCCAAGCCUCACUGUGGCCCCCAGGCCAGAACCCCCACCCCGCAUCCUCUGCAGCAUUUGCCCAGCCCCCUAUAGCCCCAGGGAUUCCUGGCUCCUUCUGCCAGGCCCCUGCAGUUCCAGAACCCCCUGGCCCAGUCCCUGACCCCUCUUUGGGCCCUAUAGAUGGAGCUGACUCUGAGUGUCCCCUCCCUGGAAAGGCCUGACUCUCCUUAUUCACCAGAACAGGGAUUUUUGAUUCCCUUACUGGAGAGAGACAGGGUGGAAGAAGAAGAAGGUCAGCUGUCCCCACCUGUCCUGUU